GGGAAAAACUCGAAAAUACUCGGCGAGGGACUGCAGUGUGUCCGCUGCAGAGAGACGACAGCUCCGAAGGGUUCGUCGAAGGGAAAAACUACGUCAGAAGGAGUCGUCGGAGACAGAUCAGACUUUGGAAGGGAACGUCGACUCGUCGGAGAGAGACGAGAAGCUUGGAGGAAUCGUUGGAAGCAGCCGUCGAGUCGUCGGAGAGAGAGGAGGUACUGGAGGAAUCGUCGGAGAGAGAGCAGAGGCUAUCGUCGAGGAGAAUACUUCGUUUUCUUAAUUUUUUUUUCUAAAAUAUAAUUCAUUUUGGGAUAAUUUAAUGGUGACAUUUCAUAGUAUCGCUGCUUGAUUCAUCACUUGGCCUGUAAGACAUUCUUAUGUUGGAGAUUUCGAAAAUGGAGAACAUGAUUACAGGGUUAACAACAAGAAGUCAUGUUCAACCCAAAGCUCUAGGCAUGCACCAAAGGCAAAAUACAGAUCUACGGGGGAGACAGCUGCAUGUAUCAAGAAUUAGGUUGUUUUCAAAGAAUAUAAGGGCAUGCACGCUAUCUCAAUCGGCAGAGAUCUCCUCUGGUCACAAAGAGCAUGAAAAGAAUAAGCCUCUAGUCAAAAUGUGUGGAAUAACAUCAGCUAGGGAUGCUGCCAGGGCCGCAGAAGCGGGUGCUAAUUUUAUUGGAAUGAUUCUUUGGCCCAACUCAAAGCGUUCCAUAUCACUUGCGGUUGCAAAGGAGAUUUCAAAAGUUGCAAGGGAAUAUGGAGCAAAGCCUGUUGGAGUAUUUGUGGAUGAUGAUGCAGAGACUAUACAAAGAGCUUCUAAUGCGGCAAGUCUUGAGUUGGUGCAGCUUCAUGGAAAAGGUUCUAGGGAUGCUCUUCCAGAUUUAGUUCAAGAAAAUCGAGUAAUAUAUGUUCUUCAUGCUAAUGAAGACGGAAGCCUUCUUAACCAAAUUUGUAAUGAAGAAUGUUCUCUCAUUGAUUGGAUUCUUGUGGAUAGUGCUAAAGGUGGCAGUGGCAAAGGAUUCAAUUGGGCGCAGUUUAAGCUACCACAAAUUAGCAGCAGGAAUGGAUGGCUCUUGGCUGGAGGGAUUACCCCCGAGAAUGUCCAUGAAGCCCUUUCUACUCUUAAACCUCAUGGAAUUGAUGUUAGUAGUGGCAUUUGUGCCUUGGAUGGCAUCCAAAAGGACCAGUCACGGAUAACUUCCUUCAUGAGUGCAGUAAACUCUGUACAUUAUUGAUCGACUGUGAUGAAGGCAUUUACUUUUCCUAGUGAAUGGCCUGCAUGAUUACUUAUCCUUAUUCAACUAGCUUUGCCUGCUUUUUUAUAUUGAACAUUUUAUUGGUUUGUCAUUACAUGCACAUUGUGCAACACAGAUAUUUGGAUCUCAACAUUUUCCUUUAAAUAUAUUUCAAUCUCUAGUUUUUU